AUGGGGGAACCCAUUACCCACCAUUCAAUCGUACGAUUAGAGCUCUGUGCAGCACGUUUAGCUACGCAACUCUUCGAGAAGAUACAAUCCGCCAUCAAUUUACAUGCAGCAAUAUUCUUUUGGGCCGAUUCAACAACGGUUCUUCCGUGGUUGCGCGCGUCACCAAGUCGCUGGAAGCCUUUUGUGGCUAAUCGAGUGUCUCAAAUCCAGCAUUCAACAGAUGUUAAUAAUUGGCGACAUGUUCCUGGCAUAGACAAUCCUGCCGACGAUAUUUCCCGUGGAUUAAAUGCAGUUGAUAUUAUGAACUGCGAACGUUGGUGGAAUGGUCCAUCGUGGUUAUCGAAAUCAACAAAUUCAUGGCCGCAGCAAGUUAUAUCGUCAGAAGAAUCCGCUAGCGCAUCUUCAGAACAACGCAAAAUACCAGUCAUCGCAAUGAAUACGAUCGUACUUGAUUGGUGCAAUGAUUUAUUCACACGCUACUCAUCGUUUGGAAAGUUACGACGUGUUGUCGCAUUCUGCAUGCGAUAUGUGCAUCGUCUACGUGAACUUGUUUCGUUGCAUCGUUCCAGUCCUGAUUCAUAUGAAAAACCAAGCGUCAACACCGACACAGCAAAUAUACUCCCGUUAAAUACCGAUGAACUCAAUCAAGCUGAAAUAAAAUUAUGCCAUCUGGCGCAACAAGAAAAUUUCCCCGAAGAAAUCAACGAUCUGCAAGAGAAAAAUCGUGUCUCGAACUCAUCACCGCUUAGAUUUCUGAAACCAUUCAUUGACCCGAUCGGCAUUAUUCGCGUUUGUGGCCGGCUACACAAUGCCGCGUUGCCACACAACAUCAAACACCCAAUGGUUCUAUCUGCGAAGCACCCACUCACUGUUCUGUUAACCAGACAUUUCCAUCUCAAGCUACUGCACGCAGGUCCUCAACUCCUGCUAGCCACACUUCGCCAGAAAUACUGGAUUCUGGGCGGUAGAAAUCUCACAAAAUUCGUCUAUCACCAUUGCCACACUUGCUUUCGAAGCAAGCCCACAUUGGUGCAGCAAAGCAUAGCAGAUCUUCCAGCGUCACGAGUCUCACCAACUCGACCUUUUUCCAUAUGUGGAGUGGAUUACUGCGGACCAUUUUUCGUUAAAUCCGCAGUAAGGAAACAUGGUCCCACCAAAGUUUAUGUCGCUAUUUUCGUUUGUUUCUCGACCAGAGCGGUUCAUAUAGAGCUCGUAAGCGACUUAUCCACAGCAGCGUUCCUGGCAAGUCUUCGAAGAUUCGUCGCACGUCGUGGUAAAAUCGUCGAAAUUAACUCCGACAAUGCUACCACAUUUAAGGGAGCUUCACAUGCUUUAAACAAAGUCUAUCGCAUGCUGAAGAUUGAAGAAGGAGAACGCCAACAUAUUUUCAAUUGGAGUUCGGAGAAUGAAAUCCACUGGAAAUUCAUCCCACACCGGGCGCCACAUUUUGGGGGACUGUGGGAGGCUGCCGUAAAGUCAGCAAAAACGCACAUGCUGAAGGUACUGAACAACGUCAACAUCCGAUACGAGGACUUGCUCACACUGUUAGCACAAGUGGAAAUGUGCCUAAAUUCGCGUCCACUCACCCCGAUGUCAACCGAUCCUUCCGAUCUCGAUGUUCUUACUCCAGGGCAUUUUUUGACUGGAGGUAAUCUUCAAGCUGUUCCCGAAGCCGAUUAG